AAUUCAGUUGUGGGGCAGCCGCUGAGCUCAGCUGACGCGUUGAGUGUUGAAAAAGUUUACGGGAAUCGCGUUCGUUGCCUAAGUCAUUUGAUUUUCACUUUUAACUGUUUUGGAAGGCGCGCGCGCGCGUUGCGUUAAACCGUUACCGUUACGGUUUUGCUACAUAUAUCUUUUUGUGGCUGUUACGACGGAUUAAAUGCCAGGCACUGCAAUAAAGUGAAAGGGGCAACGCCAGCUUUAACAAACCCAAGCCAAACCAUGACAAGCCUCAAUUAGGCCGCUUAACGCUUUCGCAUUCGAACGCCUCGAAAUAGCCCAUUGAAACAUUUUGAAGCAUCCGAGAACAUAACCAGAACUAGAACUAGAACUAGCCUGUCAUCGCCUCGCACCACUGACCCACACACGAAAACACAGACAGCAGCUGUUGAAGCCAAAGCCAAGGCCGACUGCCCACAAAACACAACGAAAUCAAAGCUUAUUUUCUUUUUGGCCAACAACAACAACAACAAUAACAACAUCAACAACAUCGCGAUCAUGAAUUAUCAGAAGGCCAGUGAAACGCAUUCACCGUCCCCGUUCAAGAAGCCGAAACGGCCGACGACGGACAGCAUUAAAGCCAACGGCAACGGCAACGGGAACGGGAACAGCAUACAAAACUUUUGGAACGAACGCAUCAUGGAGCGCUUCAUAAAGGCGAAUCUAUUCAUUAUCUGCUGCGUGGCGGCGGGACUCUUGCUGAUUGUCUACCUGGGUGCGUUUUCGUGUGAGGUCUCUUGGCUGCUGGAGGCGCACGGCGAGCUGCCCAUCGCCGCCUACGCACUGUGCUCCCUGUACUUUGUGAUGUUCGUGGCGACGACCAUAUUGAUCCAUGGCCUUGUGAGCGGCCUGUGCUGGCCGCUGUUUGCCUGGUCGGGGGCAAUCGGACUGCUGUCCAUACCGGAGCUGGUGCUGGUCAUGCUAAUGACCACGCAGCAUUGGGGCCUGCAGUCGGUGCACGGCUUGACGGAGCUGACCUCCUAUUUGAUACGCUUGAUUAUCAACUGCUUGGCGCUCAUUUGUGUGAUACCCACGGGCAUUAAGUGGCGUCGCGAGACGCAGGUGCUCAGCCAGCUGCAGGGUCUGGCCACGCGGCUUUCACUGCAAACGCCUGCGCCCAGCGUGCCCAUGACCAAGGCGGAUUCGCGCCGCUCCAGCCAGCGACUCGGCGGCUUCGAAAAUGCCGGCUAUCAGCUGUGCGAUGAGACCAAGCUGCCCCUGGGCGCUGGACACCUGAAUAACGGAAACGCCGGCCAGCUGUUCGGCUCGCAGAACGAGUUCAAUGCGAGCAUGUUCGCCCCAGCGCUCGCCCAGCAGUUCAGCAAUGGAGCACAGCGAAGCAGCGGCAGCGGGAACGGCAACGGCGGACAUCGUGCCCAAUCGCUGAUGGAUUUGCGCUGCACGCUGCCAGGCAUGUACAAUCCGCGGCAUGUGCUGGACACGGAGGACAAGAAUGCCAAGUACUUUAACAUAACCAUUGACGAUCUGAAGAACAAUCUGCAUGACUCGCACCGGCCGUCGCCGCCGUCGCUAAUUGGGUCCACCAGCAACGAUCCCAUCUACUGCUCCAUUGAGCCCAAGCAGCUGACACCGCCGCCGCCAACCCAGCUGCGCCACCAUCAGCAGCAGGGGCAGCGCGGCAAGUCGCCGCCCACAAAGCUGACGCGCAACUGCAUCUCGCUGGAGAAUCUGGAUGGCAUCAGCAAGGUGCACAACGAUCUGGCCGCCUAUGGCAACAACCUGCUGCAGAACUAUACGCAGCAGCAGCAAUACUAUCUGGCCAUGCUGCUCAACAAUCCGCUCCAGCAGCAGGCGGCGGCGGCGGCAGCUGCCAAUCUGUAUCGUCGUCCCUCCGCCUGCAGCGCGACGGGCAGCUGCUCGGUUCUCGCGCAGCCGCUGCAGCGACGCGGAUCCCAGCAUCAGCAGCAACAGCAGCAUAUACAGUACUACGGCGGCUUCGGCUAUGCCAACUAUGCGAAUCCCUAUAUCACGGCCAACAGCAAGCUGUCGCUGGGCAACGAGUCCGACGACUAUCGCAAGUAUCGCGAUGUGGCUCUCUAGAGACUAAGCUCCAGUCAUAACUAUAUAUAUACAAAUUAGAGCUUUGCAUCGAGUCAAUUGCACUUCGGAAACUCGUACAACUAUUUCACUCGAGCGAGUCAAGCCUCAAGCAUGUUCGAGUUGCAGACAAAUAAUUGAAUCGAUCGGAUUCGAGCAAGUUUGUUGACCUUCAUUCGAACGCUGCCAAUGAAAGCAUCGAUGCUGAGCUCUUUCAUCUAUAUAUAUUAAUAGAUAUAGAUACGUAUUCAUACUCAUUAGCUGUAGCCCGCUCGACUACCACACAAAUGAAAUUCCUCGGAAUAACGACCAAAGAGCCACAAACUAACUCAGUUUCCGUUACAGUUCGUAAAGUUAGCCGGAUAGUCGCCCUUUACUGGUUAGUUCUAGUUCUAGUUUCACUAGGCAACGAUUUAGGCCUGUAAAAUAAUUCAUUUCAGUAAUUACCUUUAAAUUCCCGUAAUUAAAAUUAAUGCAACAAUUAAAGUCACACUCCUAGUUACAUUACGAUAUUAAAUACCCUGCCAAUACCCCAUAAUUACUGAAGUAAUUAACAUCUAAGAGUUUAAAUUACUCAAGUAAUUGUAACCUGAGCACUCUAAUUUCUGAGAGUUUAAAUUACUCAAGUAAUUGUAACCUGAGCACUCUAAUUUCUCAAGUAAUUGUAACCUGAGAGCUCUAAUUACUCAAGUAAUUAUAAUUUGCAAACUUGACUUUUGUACAGUGAUCACUCGCGAAAUAAAACCUAAUGAAUAGAUUUAAUUUCGAACAAAUACCUAAAUUUCUUCUAAAAAGGUAACAGAGAAAUUCUCUCUUAUUUCUCUAAUCUGAAGUUUAUGAACAGUUUUAACUAUCGUGCGAUCACUGUACUUGAGAUUUACGAAAACUGUUUAGUUGUAGAGUUGUGUAAUAAACAUUAACAAAUCAUCGAUAAGUGUAAAUAAACAUACUUGUAGUAUUAUAA